UCAAAAUCGAACAACCAAAUAAACAACCAUUCGUAGUUGAAAUCAAUUUAAUUCAUUCUAAUUCUAAUGAAAUUUUGGAGUUGGCUGGGAAUGCUGGACGCGAUGACACGAAGAACAUGAUUAACCCUAGCACGUCACGUGUUGAUUGUGGUGAGAAACGAGAAUGAGGGCCAGAGGGCAAAUAGGGAAUAAGAAAAAAUACCUUGAUCUUUGAUUAGGAAAGAGUAAAUCUAAACCCUAGAAUCAGUGACGAUUGGGUUGGUUUUCUGGAAUCCUCUCCUGUUGAAGCCCCCCUUAUUGUCUGCCCUCUCCCUCUAUUUCAUCCCAGGUGGCCACAAUCUAUUACUGCUCAAAACCGAAGCAGAGAAAACAUUUGUUUCAUAUUAUUAUAUUGCAUUUAAAAAAUGAAAAAGGGGUCGUGUUUGUGAAAGAGACUGCUCCAUUUUUAACCCUUUCACUUUUGGGAAUCACGGCACGGCAUAAUCUCAUAAGUUCCCAAUCAAGAAACUCUCAUCUCCCCUUUCUCUGUCUCGCGCAGAGGAAACACCAACUCAUGGAAGGUUCUGUCAACGAACGUCUUGAUUUUGGGAAGAUGGAAUACGGGUGCAAGCAUUACAGGAGAAGAUGCAGGAUUCGUGCCCCCUGCUGCAACGAGAUCCAUUCAUGCCGUCACUGUCACAACGAGGAAGCGAGUUUGUCGAAGAAUUCAUUUGAUCGCCACGAACUCGUUCGCCAAGAUGUUAAACAAGUUGUUUGUUCAGUUUGUGACACUGAGCAAUCCGUUGCUCAAGUUUGCACUAACUGUGGGGUCAAAAUGGGAGAAUAUUUCUGCAACAUAUGUAAAUUCUUCGAUGAUGAUACAGAGAAACAGCAGUUUCAUUGUGAUGAUUGCGGGAUCUGCAGGGUUGGUGGUCGGGAAAAUUUUUUCCACUGCAAGAAGUGCGGGUCUUGUUAUUCAAUUGGUUUGCGUGAUAAUCAUUUAUGUGUGGAGAACUCAAUGAGGCAUCACUGCCCCAUUUGUUAUGAGUACCUAUUUGAUUCAUUGAAAGACACGGUUGUUAUGAAAUGUGGUCACACAAUGCACCAAGAAUGUUACCACGAGAUGGUAAAUCGUGAUAGGUAUUGCUGUCCCAUAUGCUCCAAGUCGGUGGUGGACAUGUCCAGGACGUGGAGGAGAAUUGAUGAAGAGAUUGAAGCAUCUAUCAUGCCUGAAGAUUAUCGAUACCGGAAGGUCUGGAUACUAUGUAACGACUGCAAUGACACAACAGAAGUUAACUUCCACAUUCUUGGCCAUAAAUGCGGUCAUUGCAAUUCAUAUAAUACUCGCUCAAUUGCGCCUCCAGUUCUUCCUCAAUGAUCGGAUUCUUGUGAUUCAACUUGAACAGUACGAGGGGGAAAAAAAAUUAAAGUUAGCACAUUGGUUUAUUACAGAGGAUUAUUGGAUUAAAUUCAGCAUCAACAAUGGAUAGUUUCUUCAGGUUAUUUUUCGACCUCUAACAUGUGGAGGGGUAUUGGUUGUCUCCUGGUUUUUGGACAGAUAUAAAUAUCUUCAUGCUAUACUGUAAUAGGGGGGAAACCUUUUUCUCCCUCUAAAUUGCAGGUAAUAGUAGUGAUGAUGUAUUGAUACUUAAUGAUUUAUUGCAUUGUCUGCCACAGUGCUUUUUUAUAAUUUGGUUGAUGCUAUUUGAUCAUUUUAGGUCUGUCUCGCAGAUUGGCAGACAGUGAUUGUUAGUUUUGAUUACUCUAUUCCCAGCCAUGAUUUCGUAAAAGCAGAAAUAGUCGUCUUUUUGCGGUUGACUUCGUCUCAUUUCUACAUUGUGGAAUGGUAUUACUAUUUUUUUUCA